CUCUGCUCUCACUCCUCGCUCAGUUCAACAUGGACUCACUGAAUGUUCUGGUCUUUCUUGCGGUCACCUUCUUCACAGUGAAAGUUUCUCUUCAAGGGCCAGAUCAGCGCAAACUGUACGCCGACCUGAUGACUGGGUACAACCCACUGGUGAGACCAGUUUCCAAUGACUCUCAGACUCUCACUGUUCAGUUUGGCCUCACCCUCAUGCAGAUCAUGGAUGUGGAUGAGAAGAACCAGGUUUUGACAACCAACAUCUGGCUACAACUGCAGUGGGAGGAUCACUACCUUCGGUGGAAUACAUCAGAGUAUGGAGGUGUGACCAAUGUGAGAUUUCCUGACCAUCUCAUUUGGAAGCCAGACAUUCUGCUGUAUAACAGUGCUGAUGAAAGAUUUGAUGCUACUUUCCACACCAACAUUUUGGUUGACUCCUCAGGCACCUGUACCUACUUACCUCCAGGGCUCUUUAAGAGCACCUGCUACAUCGACGUGCGUUGGUUCCCCUUUGAUGUCCAGAGAUGUGACCUGAAGUUCGGCUCCUGGACAUACGGCGGCUGGUCUCUGGACUUGAAGAUGUUGGAGGCGGAUAUCACCGGCUACAUCGCCAAUGGAGAGUGGGAUCUUGUUGAGGUUCCAGGACAGAAGAACGAGCGCUUCUAUGCCUGCUGCGAGGAGCCGUACCCUGACGUCACCUUCACCUUGGUGAUGCGGAGACGGACCCUCUACUACGGCCUUAACCUGCUCAUUCCCUGUGUGCUGAUCUCCACUCUGGCCCUGCUCGUCUUCCUUCUGCCUGCUGACUCUGGGGAGAAGAUCUCACUGGGAAUUACAGUCCUGCUCUCCCUGACUGUCUUUAUGUUGCUGGUAGCAGAGAUUAUGCCCGCCACAUCAGACUCAGUCCCUUUAAUAGCUCAAUACUUUGCCACUACCAUGGUCAUUGUGGGUCUCUCAGUAAUCGCCACAGUUCUCGUCUUACAAUAUCACCACCAUGACCCUGAUGGAAGCAAGAUGCCAAAGUGGACCCGUGUGAUCCUGCUGAACUGGUGCGCCUGGUUCCUGCGCAUGAAACGCCCAGGUGAGGAGCGAGUGCGUUCAGCCUGUCACAACAAGGCUCCACGGAACAGUCUGACCAGCGUGGAGCUCAAUGCAAGCACUUCAGGCUCCCAAUCCACCAAUGGCAACGUGCUUUAUGUUGGCAUGCGUGGCCUGGAGAGCAUCCACUACUCCACAGCUGCCACCUCUUGUGACUCUGGGGUCCUCUGUGGACGUCUGAUUGGACGAGCAGGUGAGGAUGAGGUGCUCCUCCCCGCAGGUCACAGCUCCUCAGCUUGCAGAGUGGAACCAGAGCUGGCCAAGAUCCUGGACGAGGUGCACUUUAUUGCCAAGCGCUUCCGUGACCAAGACGAGGACGAGUUAGUGUGCAACGAGUGGAAAUUUGCUGCGUCUGUCAUCGACAGGCUUUGUCUCAUGGCUUUCUCCCUGUUUACUACCCUCUGCACGAUUGGGAUCCUCAUGUCAGCACCAAACUUUGUAGAGGCCAUUUCAAAAGACUUCUUCACUUAAAGGGAAACACUUCCCAAAUAAAGAAUGAAUGGCCUAGGAAAGUUCAAUCAAUGCAAUGUACGCAAUGUUUGCGCACAUGAGCUACUCCGUCUCAAAGCCAGAAACCAGAGAAGUAAGUCUUAAAUUUGGGAUCAUGGAGUAUGAAGUCUGCAACUGCUCCCUAGAUAAUGAUUGAGAGAAUGAUUUUUUUUUUUUUUUUCAUACUUAAAGGAGCUUUAUUCUAUUGUAGUACUCCGUUUGGAGACAGAAAAUGUACCCAUACAUUCAGAAGGUUCCCCUGGGUGCUGUUAGUGUCAUCUUUAACAUCUUUCCCAAUUCAUUGUCUAUGGAGCACUUCUGGACUUUGUACUUGAUAACAUCACAAAUAUGAGUUUCUAUUUUUUAGAUUUGGGAGAGAGAUGUUCAUGUUUGCUAACAUCUGUGGACUGUCUUAGACCACAGGAACUACAUGUAUGAAUUCUAAAAACGGUAACUUCAUGGGGAGGUAAUUUGGAUACAGUUAAGUGUAUUAGCAUGGGAGUUGUAUAUCACCAAAUAUUUAACCAUACUUAACGCAAAGUUAAAUUGAGGACUUCGGGUGAAAUGUAAUGCAUAAAAAGUUAAAUUUAUACCUACAUUAUGGUGGUGUAAAAUGACCAGCCUUUGACUUUAUAUUACACAGCCUAAUGGCAUGUUAAAGAAAAACAUCUAAAUGUGAUCUUUUGUAUGGUUUUAAAAUUAUUUAAAACAAAAUACUGGUACUAGCUAUUUGCUGUAAUAGCAUUGUUUAAGUAGUGUUAUUUGCUAACAAUGCAUGCAGCUGUGUUUUUUUAUGUUACCUGUGUAUGAUUGUUCAUUAAAAUGCAUCUAUUCUCAACUCUACUCCAGAUAAAACCAGUUAUCUUGUACCACUUAUCUUGUCUUGAAAUGUAUUUGUUGUACUCAUAGAUCCAAAACAGUUAUGCGAUGUUGGAAGUUGCUUUUCCUAUACAAAUUAUUGUCCUACGCAUAACCAUGUUCUUCCUUGGACUUACUUAUUGAUUGUUGCUUUUUAUUUUUACUUUGAUUAAAGGGG